GGCGCGUGCCCGCCCAGAGGCGGAGCAGAGGGCCGGGCCAGAGCGGGGUGGGUAGGGGACGCGAGGCGGAGCGGGGCCCCACACAGGCCGCGGCGGCUGGCUCGGGCCCCUACGGUCCCGGCGGCGGCUGGAGGAGGAAGCCAGGCGGCUGGCGGCGGCGGAGAGGCGGAGGAGGCCGAGGCCGGAGCGCCGCGCGCCGAAGACUCACUUCCCCGGCUCAGCAGGGAAAGGUUCCUAGGAGGCGAGUGCGGACGGUAUGCAAAGUUGUGAAUCCAGUGGCGACAGUGCGGAUGACCCUCUCAGUUGUGGCCUUCGGAGAAGGGGACAGCCUCGUGUGGUGGUGAUUGGUGCCGGCUUGGCUGGCCUGGCUGCAGCCAAAGCACUUCUCGAACAGGGCUUCACGGAUGUCACUGUGCUUGAGGCUUCCAGCCGCAUAGGAGGCCGCGUGCAGAGCGUGAAACUUGGACACGCCACCUUUGAGCUGGGAGCCACCUGGAUCCAUGGCUCCCAUGGGAAUCCUGUCUAUCAUCUAGCAGAAGCCAAUGGCCUCCUGGAAAAGACAACAGAUGGGGAGCGCAGCGUGGGCCGCAUCAGCCUGUAUUCCAAGAAUGGUGUGGCCUGCUACCUUACCGACCACGGCCGCAGGAUCCCCAAGGACGUGGUUGAGGAAUUCAGCGAUUUAUACAACGAGGUCUAUAACUUGACCCAGGAGUUCUUCCGUCACGAUAAACCUGUCAACGCUGAAAGCCAGAACAGCGUGGGGGUGUUCACCCGGGAGGAGGUGCGCAACCGCAUCAGGGAUGACCCUGACGACCCGGAGGCCACCAAGAGGCUGAAGCUCGCCAUGAUCCAGCAGUACCUGAAGGUGGAGAGCUGUGAGAGCAGCUCACACAGCAUCGACGACGUGUCCCUGAGCGCCUUUGGGGAGUGGACCGAGAUCCCCGGCGCCCACCACGUCAUCCCCUCGGGCUUCAUGCGGGUCGUGGAGCUGCUGGCCGAGGGCAUCCCCGCCCACGUCAUCCAGCUGGGGAAGCCGGUCCGCUGCAUUCACUGGGACCAGGCCUCGGCCCGCCCCCGGGGCCCCGAGAUUGAGCCCCGGGGCGAGGGCGACCACAACCACGACACCGGGGAGGGCAGCCAGGGAGGAGAGGAGCCCCCGGGGCGCAGGCGGGAUGAGGACGAGCGGUGGCCGGUGCUGGUGGAGUGCGAGGACUGCGAGGUGAUCCCAGCGGACCACGUGAUCGUGACCGUGUCGCUGGGCGUGCUCAAGAGGCAGUACACCAGCUUCUUCCGGCCGGGCCUGCCCGCGGAGAAGGUGGCCGCCAUCCACCGCCUGGGCAUCGGCACCACCGACAAGAUCUUUCUGGAAUUCGAGGAGCCCUUCUGGGGCCCCGAGUGCAAUAGCCUACAGUUUGUGUGGGAGGACGAGGCGGAGAGCCGCACCCUCACCUACCCGCCCGAGCUCUGGUACCGCAAGAUCUGCGGCUUCGACGUCCUCUACCCGCCGGAGCGCUACGGCCACGUCCUGAGCGGCUGGAUCUGCGGGGAGGAGGCCCUCGUCAUGGAGAGGUGCGACGACGAGGCGGUGGCAGAGAUCUGCACCGAGAUGCUGCGUCAGUUCACAGGGAACUCAAACAUUCCAAAACCUCGCCGAAUCCUGCGCUCGGCCUGGGGCAGCAACCCCUACUUCCGAGGCUCCUAUUCGUACACGCAGGUGGGCUCAAGUGGGGCAGAUGUGGAAAAGCUGGCCAAGCCCCUGCCGUACGCAGAGAGCUCUAAGACGGCGCCCAUGCAGGUGCUGUUCUCUGGCGAGGCCACCCAUCGCAAGUACUACUCCACCACCCAUGGUGCUCUGCUCUCUGGCCAGCGCGAAGCCGCCCGUCUCAUUGAGAUGUACCGAGACCUCUUCCAGCAGGGGACUUGAGGGCUGUCCUCACUGCCGAGCGUGUUCCUUAAAGAACCACUAACUCGUGACCUCUAGCCCCAUCCCUUGCCGCUCUGUGCUCCUAAUGUCCUAAUCCUCUGUAGAAUGGAUUUUUACCUUCUGUAGAGCUAGACGCCCUGACUGGCUUCAGACCCGGCCCUGUAGCUUUUCCUUUUCUCCUUGCCGGGUGGUGACCAGGGUGGGUCCUGUUGAUUUACCUCUGUGCUUGAUCGCUGUCCUUCCCGUUCCGCCCUCCGCUCCAGCCUCAUUAUUGUAAGUGCCUUCAAUACUUUGCAUUUUGUGAUAAUAAAAGAGGCCACCCUCCCCUGCCCCUCA